CCUCCGAGGAGCCCAAAAUUUCCAGUAGCACUGCAGACAGCUGCUGCUGAAAAGGAAACAGGUAGAUAAAAUAGAAAAAUAAUUUUCAGAAAAUUAGAUUUUUGAAAGUACAUCUUAAGAUUUUUUUUGAAGAACUCUUUUACUUUGCAAAAACUGAGGACAAUUGAGAGAAAAUGAUAAGCCUCCUGUGCAUCACAAUGAUUUCCCUGGCCCUGGCUGGCAGUGCAUACUGUCAGACUGCAACUCCUGCCUCCUUUAUAUCAGUCAAGACUGAUCUGGGUGGAAACGUCACCCUGCCCUGCAGACUUCAGGCAGAGCAAACAUUUUUCUAUGGAAGUCUGAAAGUCACAUGGAUCAAAGUGGGAGAAGAUCAAUCCCAAAAUGAGGAUGUGCUUGUAUCCUUGGGUUUACACAAGAGGACUUAUGGAAACUUUGAAAACCGUGCCUUUUUGUUAGACCUAGAAAAAGGUGAUGCCUCCUUGGUGUUACUUGACGUCUCUAUGGAGGACAUGGGAAGGUACCGCUGUGAGAUCAUGGAUGGGAUGGAAGACAUUAUACAAGAUGUAAUCUUAGAGGUCGAAAAUGGUCUCAUUGGAGGUGUUGUAUUCCCAUACUCUCCCCAUCGUGGGCGCUACAACCUAAAUUUUGAUGAGGCUGUCCGGUCCUGUGAAAGUCAGGAUGCUAUAAUUGCCUCCUUUGAUCAGCUGCUGAAGGCCUGGAAAGGCGGUCUGGACUGGUGUAAUGCUGGUUGGCUGAAUGACGGUACAGUACAGUAUCCAAUCACCAAACCCAGACAACCCUGCGGCGGCGUCAACAGCAGACCUGGUCUCAGAAACUAUGGCUUGAGAAACAAGCAGAUGAGCCGCUUUGAUGUGUUCUGUUUUGUUUCCCUACUCAAAGGUUAUUUCUAUUGGUUGGUCCAGCCAGAAAGACUGAGCUUUGACGAGGCUGUGCAGGCAUGCCGAGACGACGAUGCAGAGAUUGCAAAGGUUGGCCAGAUGUAUGCUGCCUGGAAGCUUGAGGGCUACGAUCGCUGUGAUGCUGGCUGGUUGGCUGAUGGAAGUGUGCGCUACCCUAUUUCCAGGCCCCGCAAGAACUGCAGUCCCACAGAGGCUGCAGUGCGCUUUGUUGGAUUCCCAGACAAAAAGGUUAAGUCUUAUGGUGUCUACUGCUUCAAGGCUGCAAAGUGAGAGAAUGAAAAACAUGCAGGUGAACCACAGACACCAAAGAGCAGCAACAACAGCCAUAAAAAAACAUUUUAAAGCAGAUUCAUUUGGAUUUUAACUAGUCCAAAUUUCUUACCUUUCUGAUGACAUAACAGUUGCUAUGUUAGUAUCAUGCAAUUUAAAUCAGUAUGCAAUAAACAAUAGAAUGCAACAAGCAAUUAGGGUAUACAGUAUUUUCUGUUUAUUUCUAUCUGUUCACUCUUGGUUAAGACUGUUUAGUAAACGGCAAAAUUUAAAAUGUAUGUCCUCCACAAAAUGUGUAAUGUUCAAGGUUUGGCUGCAAUUAUGCUCAAAGAAUGUGUGCUGCUUUCAAAUGUGUCUUGAGCAAUGCUAUUUUUAAUUUUGCAUAAGCAUACAUAUCAACAAAAUAAAUUGAUUUCAAUGUGAUAAACACAACGAGACUAUAGCUGUUGAGCUAUUGGUUCACAGAUUACUGCAAGAAGGAACCAGUUAGAUUCAUUGCCAGGUUUGAAGCUGUUUUCUAAUAUACAUUAACAUACAUGUAUUUACAAAACCUCAAAAAUUUAUCUUUGACCAGAAAAGCUGUGAGCAAGUCAACCACAAAGAGAUUCGAUGGAUGUUUCUUCUUUUUUAUAUAUACGUUCUGCAUUUCAGUUUGAUUAGGAAGAAAUUACAAAUGUCCACAUGUUAUGAUGUUUAACUCCAAUGCAUUGUUUCCAUUAUCUAACAUAAGGAUUGUACUUUUUUUUUUUUACAUUUGUUCUUUUCUUUUUGAUAACUUUACACUGUUUCUUGAAAAGAAAUAGUACAAAUUCUAGACUUACUUGCAGAUCUUUCUUUUUUAUUAUAUAAAGAUUUUGCUUUUUCCUACUCAUUGUGCAAGAAAAGUGCAUAUAAUCCUCCUUUGAUCUGGUAUAGAACUAAACUUAAAACACCUAACUGUGUGAUAAAGGUAGCAAUCAGUAGUUAUUAAAAUCUGUAGUUGUAAUUAAGACAAGUGAAAAUUUUGUUUAUCUUUUUUUUCUUUUUACUUUUUUUUAUAACUUUGAUUACUGAGAUAUCAUACUUACAGCAGAUGUUUAUUUGCUCACAAUUUGACAUACAAAAUAUGAAGAUAUUUUUGUAUGACACCAUGUACCGUUUCACAAUGUUACAAUUAAAAAUAAAAAUACAACUUUUAGAAA